AUGAUGACAACUGAAGAAGGUGUCCGCCAACCAAUCAAACAACAACGAGAGCCUGGAAAAUAUGCCAUCUUUUUGCGUUCCAAGCGUAAGGUGGUGCUUUCUGGUACUGAGACCGAAGAAGAGGCUCGUGCAGCUGAAAACGCACCUAUCUCUAUCCCACAACUACCCACAUUCAAUGACGUCCAUGAGCAACGUGUGCAUAUGAAGCAAAAGUUGGCGGCUGGUUUCCGUAUCAUGGCUCAGCUUGGUUACGAUGAAGGUGUAGCAGGCCAUUUGACUUGCCGUGAUCCAGAGUAUGAAGACCUAUUUUGGGUCAAUCCAUUUGGCAUGUACUUUGGACACAUUAAAGCGAGUGAUCUGAUCCUUGUUGAUCACGAGGGUAAAAUUGUGCGGGGUAAAACAACUGUCAACAAGGCGGCAUUUAUGAUCCAUGGUGCCAUUCAUCAAGCUCGUCCCGAUGUUAUUUGUGCUGUGCAUACCCACUCCAUGUACGGCAAAACUUUUUCAACUUUGGGUCGUGAAUUGCUACCUAUUUCUCAAGAUGCAUGCGCCUUUUACAAGUCCCAUACUAUCUAUCCUGAUUUUGGUGGCGUGGUGUAUACACCUGAAGAAGGUCAACGGCUUGUCGAAGCACUCGGGCCUCACAAUAAAGCAAUAAUUUUGCAAAACCACGGCUUACUUACCACUGGCAAGACCGUGGAUGAAGCUGUUUGGUGGUUCGUUACCAUGGAUCGUUGCUGCCAAUCUCAAUUGCUUGCUGAAGCAGCGUCACCUAAUGGCUACAAGGAUCUCAAGGUGGUGGAUCAUGAAGUAGCUUUGGGCGUACACAAGAAUACUGGAGAUAGCCAAGCAGGCUACAUGCAAUUCCAACCAAUGUAUGCCAAGAUUGUCAAGGAGCAACCUGAUCUGCUGGAAUAA